GUUUCUUUCAUAAAUGCGCAGAUAGUGAAAAGUUUAAAUCUUUGUUCAACAUUUACCGUAUCAAAACUGAUUUGAAUUCUUCAAAAUCUAAUGAUUUAGAUGGCAAACUUCACCAUCAUUGGAGGAGAUGAUCCACUUUCCUUGAAGUCAAAAUCAAAAGUUUUAGCACCUGACGAUGGCACCUUCUUUGACAUGCAAAGGCCUAAAAUAUCAGCCAAUCAGUUGCCACCACCUGUGUUUAUGCAGUGUGGGCCUGUCCAAAGUUCUGAUGGAAAAAAAGCGUUUGAUACAGGACCACCAAUACCUGGAGAGGACACUAAACAUGGGGAUGAGGGCUUGCCGUUUACACCAAAGAUGCUGUAUCAGACCGCAACAAUCUUUAAAGGUACAUGGAAAGAUUGCAUACCAUUGGCAGAAAAUGAAGCAAAAGAGAAAAGAGGAGGGGAAAGAGGAGUGAUAAUAGAUGAAAAAGCUUAUAUCAGUUUGAAGGAAAGACGUGGUCGAGAUGGCUCGGACCAUUACAAAAUAAUUGGCAAAGGUGCUUUUGGGAAGGUCGAAUUACUUCAUCUUGGGACAAAGGACAUUGUUAUAAAAAAGGUGGAAAGAAACAAAUUCAAGAAGAACGAAGUCAUAAUUCCAUGUUCUUCCAAGCAUCCAAAUAUUCUGGCAUGUUUGGGGCUGAUUUUCAGACUAUCAACUGUACAGAUCUUGUUUGAACACGCAGGCAUGACUCUGUGUAAAUACAUCGAAAUUCAUCCAAGUGUGCCCAUUGUCACUGUUGUGAGGUUGUUCAGCCAACUGAUAUGUGGCUUAAAAUAUCUUCAUAAAUAUGGCCACCGACACCUGGAUAUAAAACCUUCCAACUUGUGUGUCUCUACUGGACAAGAUGGCAGUGUUUUACUCAAGAUCAUUGAUUUUGGGUCUGCCAAAAUGAGGCAUGAGGUGAACGACUUCAAUGGCAUGACACCUGCUUACAUGGCUCCAGAAAUUUUCAGAAACCUGAAAAUGAGAAAGGACGAGGAGAUUUCGGAACAGGCAGACAUGUUCUCAGCGGGUCUUGUGUUGAUGUUUAUGUUGACUGGAAAACAUCACAGAACUAGACCGUUUUCAAUACAUGUAUCACCAGAGGACAAUCCCUCGGAGAGAUUGACCUCAUUGCAGGCCUGGGGCACUCUACACGAUCAUAGUAUGGCAAACAAAGUUGUUAGUUAG